ACAAAGCCCCGCAGGGAAGGACGCCUCGCGGCGCGGCGCCCUGGGCCCCUCGCCCUGCCGCCCCGGGACCCCGGCCCCCGGCCCCGACCCCGCCGCUGCGCCGUCCCCGGACCCCGGCCCGGCCCGGCCCCACCCGAGCGCCCGCGCCAGGUAGCGCCGCCCGGUCCCGAGGCCGGGCCCGGGGGCGCGGGGCGGCGGGGUGCGGCGCCCGGGGCAGCGAUGACCGCGCAGCGCGCCCCGCGGGCCCGGCCCUGAGCCCCGCCGUCCUCCAGUCCCGCCGAGGUCCGCGCUCGCCGAGAUGGCGCCGCGCCCCGCGCUGCUGCUCUUCCUGCCGCCGCUGCUGCUGGGGGCCCUCCCGCAGGCCGUCGCCGCGCGAGGCCCCCCAAGGAUGGCGGACAAGGUGGUCCCACGGCAGGUGGCCCGGCUGGGCCGCACCGUACGGCUGCUGUGCCCUGUGGAGGGGGACCCGCCACCACUGACCAUGUGGACCAAGGAUGGCCGCACAAUCCACGGCGGCUGGAGCCGCUUCCGUGUGCUGCCCCAGGGGCUGAAGGUGAAGGAGGUCGAGCGGGAGGACGCGGGCGCCUAUGUGUGCAAGGCCACCAAUGGCUUUGGCAGCCUCAGCGUCAACUACACUCUCAUCGUGAUGGAUGAUACCAGCCCAGGAAGGGAGAGCCCAGGCCAGGACGGGUCCUCAGGGGGCCAGGAGGACCCAGCCAGCAGGCGGUGGGCACGGCCCCGCUUCACGCAGCCGUCCAAGAUGAGACGCCGGGUGAUUGCCCGGCCUGUGGGCAGCUCCGUGCGGCUCAAAUGCGUGGCCAGCGGGCACCCACGGCCUGACAUCAUGUGGAUGAAGGAUGACCAGGCCUUGGCGCGCCCAGAAGCCAGCGAGCACAGGAAGAAGUGGACGCUGAGCCUGAAGAAUCUGCGCCCUGAGGACAGUGGCAAGUACACAUGCCGUGUGUCUAACCGCGUGGGCGCCAUCAAUGCCACCUACAAGGUGGACGUGAUCCAGCGGACACGCUCCAAACCUGUCCUCACGGGCACUCACCCUGUGAACACGACGGUGGACUUUGGGGGCACGACGUCCUUCCAGUGUAAAGUGCGCAGCGACGUGAAGCCAGUGAUCCAGUGGCUGAAGCGAGUGGAGUAUGGCGCCGAGGGCCGCUACAACUCCACCAUCGACGUGGGUGGCCAGAAGUUCGUGGUGCUGCCCACGGGCGAUGUGUGGUCCCGGCCAGACGGCUCCUACCUCAACAAGCUGCUCAUCCCCCGUGCCCGCCAGGACGAUGCGGGCAUGUACAUUUGCCUGGGCGCCAACACCAUGGGCUACAGCUUCCGCAGCGCCUUCCUCACGGUGCUGCCAGACCCAAAGCCACCGGGGCCACCUGUGGCUGCCUCGUCCUCGACCACUAGCCUUCCGUGGCCCGUGGCCAUCGGCAUCCCGGCUGGUGCCGUCUUCAUCCUGGGCACUGUGCUCCUGUGGCUCUGCCAGGCCAAGAAGAAGCCAUGUGCGCCUGCGUCUGCCCCUGCCAUGCCCGCACACCGCCCGCCUGCCACGGCCCGCGACCGCGGUGGGGACAAGGACCUGCCUGCACCAGCUGCCCUCGGCACCGCCCCUGCCGUGGGUCUUUGCGAGGAUCUCGGGCCCCCGGCAGCCCCCCAGCACCUUCUGAGCCCAGGCUCGCCUGCUGGCCCCAAGCUUUAUCCCAGACUCUACACAGAUGUGCACACACACACGCACACACACACGCACACACACUCACACGUGGAGGGCAAGGCCCACCAGCACCAGCAUGGCCACUGCCAGUGCUAGGCCGCUGUGGGCUGCGCAGGGCGGGGGCUGGGCCCAGGUGGGAGGUGGGGCCUGCGAGGCGCACAUCGGACAUGCGUGCCCACAGUCAUGCACACACACACACACAGACAUGCCAUAGGCGUGCGUAUGCAGUUAUAC